GGGAAAUAUCGCGGGAAGAGGGAGUUGGCACUGCUCUCAGAAGUCGCUAUGGUGACGAAGAGAUCCGAGGCUUCUUGGUAACUGGUCGCACCCCUGUGAGAGCGAUCGCCACUGCUUUCCUGGAACUUACUUAAGUGAAUACAAUCAAGUGGCAUUUUAAUUUUUGCUGAAAGGUGGAGACAUGAGAUUGAAGAUAUCUCUUUUAAAAGAACCAAAACAUCGAGAAUUAGUAAGCUGUGUGGGCUGGACUACUGCUGAAGAACUGUAUUCAUGUAGUGAUGAUCAUCAGAUUGUGAAGUGGAACUUGUUAACUAGUGAAACAAGUCAAAUAGUAAAGCUGCCUGAUGAUAUUUACCCAAUAGAUCUUCACUGGUUUCCGAAAAGUUUAGGCACAAAGAAACAAACUCAAGCAGAAAGCUUUGUCCUCACAAGUUCUGAUGGCAAAUUUCAUCUGAUUUCUAAGUUAGGAAGAGUGGAAAAAAGUGUGGAAGCUCAUUGUGGAGCAGUACUUGCAGGACGAUGGAACUAUGAAGGAACUGCAUUAGUUACAGUUGGAGAAGAUGGACAAAUAAAAAUCUGGUCUAAGACUGGAAUGCUAAGAUCAACUUUAGCUCAGCAAGGAACACCAGUGUAUUCAGUAGCAUGGGGCCCUGAUUCAGAAAAGGUUCUUUACACAGCAGGCAAGCAGCUGAUCAUUAAACCUCUUCAACCAAAUGCUAAAGUUUUACAGUGGAAGGCUCAUGAUGGCAUUAUUUUAAAAGUAGAUUGGAACUCAGUCAAUGAUUUAAUUUUAUCUGCUGGUGAAGACUGUAAAUAUAAGGUAUGGGAUAGUUAUGGCCGCCCUCUGUACAGUUCACAACCUCAUGAGCAUCCUAUUACCUCAGUUGCCUGGGCUCCAGAUGGAGAAUUAUUUGCUGUUGGAUCAUUUCAUACUUUACGCUUGUGUGAUAAAACUGGGUGGUCAUAUGCUUUAGAAAAGCCCAACACUGGCAGCAUAUUUAAUAUUGCAUGGUCAAUUGAUGGCACCCAGGUCGCUGGAGCCUGUGGAAAUGGACACGUUGUCUUUGCACAUGUGAUAGAGCAACGUUGGGAGUGGAAGAAUUUUCAAGUAACGUUAACCAAAAGAAGGACCAUGCAGGUUCAUAAUGUUCUUAAUGAUGCAGUGGAUUUAUUGGAGUUCCGUGAUAGAGUCAUUAAAGCAUCUUUGAACUAUGCACACUUAGUUGUUUCAACGUCUCUUCAAUGUUAUGUUUUCUCUACAAAGAACUGGAACACACCACUUAUAUUUGAUCUCAAAGAAGGAACCGUUAGUUUAAUUCUCCAGGCAGAAAGACAUUUUCUUCUUGUGGAUGGUGGUGGUAUCUAUUUAUAUUCUUAUGAAGGGCGCUUCCUUUCCGCUCCAAAAUUUCCUGGAAUGAGAACAGAUAUUCUAAAUGCACAGACUGUCUCUCUGAGUAAUGAUACCAUAGCAAUAAAAGACAAAGCUGAUGAGAAAAUAAUCUUCCUCUUUGAGGCAUCAACUGGAAAACCACUGGGAGAUGGGAAGCUUCUUUCUCAUAAGAAUGAAAUUGUGGAAAUUGCUCUGGAUCAAAAGGGACUUACCAAUGAUAGAAAAAUUGCUUUCAUUGAUAAAAAUAGAGAUCUCUAUAUCACUUCAGUGAAACGAUUUGGGAAGGAAGAACAAAUUAUCAAACUUGGAACAAUGGUGCAUACUUUGGCAUGGAGUGACACAUGCAAUAUCCUUUGUGGACUUCAGGAUACUCGAUUUACAGUGUGGUACUACCCCAAUACGGUUUAUGUGGACAGAGACAUUUUGCCUAAAACAUUAUAUGAAAGGGAUGCAAGUGAAUUUAGUAAAAAUCCCCGUAUUGUGAGUUUUGUUGGAAAUCAGGUAACUGUAAGAAGAGCUGAUGGCUCACUGGUUCACAUCAGCAUAUCACCAUAUCCUGCGAUUCUCCAUGAAUAUGUAAGCAGCUCAAAAUGGGAAGAUGCUGUAAGACUUUGUCGUUUUGUUAAGGAACAAACCAUAUGGGCUUGCCUAGCUGCUAUGGCAGUUGCUAAUCAAGAUAUGACUACUGCAGAAAUAGCCUAUGCAGCAAUUGGUGAAAUUGAUAAGGUUCAGUACAUCAAUUCUAUAAAAAAUCUUCCAUCUAAAGAAUCAAAAAUGGCCCACAUGCUAAUGUUUAGUGGGAACAUACAGGAGGCUGAAAUAGUACUUCUUCAGGCUGGCCUUGUUUAUCAAGCGAUUCAGAUCAAUAUUAAUCUCUACAACUGGGAGAGGGCACUUGAAUUGGCAGUAAAAUACAAAACACAUGUCGAUACAGUGCUUGCUUACCGUCAGAAGUUUUUAGAGACCUUUGGUAAACAGGAAACUAAUAAGCGAUACCUGCAGUAUGCAGAAGGUCUGCAAAUAGAUUGGGAGAAAAUCAAAGCCAAAAUUGAAAUGGAAAUUACUAAAGAACGAGAACGAUCAUCAAGCAGCCAGCCCAGCAAGAAUUUCAGUCUAAAGCACUAAAUGCCAUGCUUACCUUUAAGUUUUACCUUUUGAAACUGAUUCUGAUUAACCAAGGAUAAGCAUGUUUUCAAUGCUAAAGAAAAAGGCAGAAUCUUGAAGUAUAAGUACUUGCUGUAUAUUUAAUAACAAAAGUAUAUUCAGAAAGACUAAGUACAGAAUAAUGAUGUAAUUUGAUGUAAUUUUAUAUUUUUAGUAUAAUAAGCAGAAAAACAUUCCUAUAUAUUUAUGAUAUAUCCAUGUGGUCUUGCUUACAUUCCAGUUUUAUGUCCAUUAUUUUAUCCCUGAAUCUUCAGUAUGAACAAAUAUCAAUGCUGAUAAUAAAACAUUGAACUCUU